CGGCGGGGCGGCGGGGAGGCCGGGGCGGCGGGGCGGCGGCCGGGGCCGGGCGGGCCGGGUGGACCGUGCGGGCUGCGGGCACCCGCGCCAUGGGCUUCGAGCUGGAGCGUUUCGACGGCGCGGUAGACCCAGCACUGCAGUGCGCGUUGUGCCGCCGCGUGUUGGACGACCCGCUGGCCGCGCCCUGCGGCCACGUCUUCUGCGCCGGCUGCGUGUUGCCCCGCGCCCGCGAGGGCCGCUGCCCGCGCUGUGGCCGCCGCCUGGCGCCCCGCGAGCUGCUCCGCGUGCCGCCGCUCCAGCGUCUGGUGCUGCAGCUGCCCGCCCGCUGCGCCCACUCGGCCCGCGGCUGCGCCCGGGUGCUCCCGCUGCGCCAGCUGCCCGCUCACCUGGAGCGCUGCGGCUUCGCGCCCGGCGGCGGCGCUGGGGACCCGGACCCCGACGCCCAUGGCCCCGACGGCGGCGCGCCGGCCCUGAGGGCGCUCAACGCGGAGCUGCAGGCCCGCCUGGGGGCGCUGCACCGGGCGCUGCGGAGGGAGGCCCUGCGCGCCGGGCGGCGGGAGAAGGCGCUGGGCGCACAGCUGGCGGCCGCCCGCCUGGAGCUGCAGGUGACGGCGCUGCGCUACCGGGGCCGCUGCGCUCAGUACCGCGCGCGCCUUGAUGCGAUCAGCCGCUGCCUGGCCGCCCCCCCCGCCCAGGGCGAGGACACCCAGAGCCUCACGCUGGUCCUGCACCGCCAUGCUGGUGCCCUGGGCUUCAACAUCGUUGGGGGCCGGCCUUGUGAGGACCAACAGGACGGGACCUCCAGUGAAGGCAUCUUUGUGUCCAGGGUUGUAGACAGUGGACCAGCCGCCAAGGAUGGAGGCCUGCAGACACACGACCAGAUCAUUGAGGUCAACGGCAGGGACCUGUCUCGAGCCACACAUGAGCAGGCUGUGGAGGCCUUCAAGACGGCCACAGAGCCCAUCGUGGUGCAGGUGCUAAGGAGGACACCCCAUGCCAGGAUGCCCCUGCCCCCUACGGGGCGGCUGCUGGUGGACGCCGGCACCCAGACAGACAUCAGCUUCCAGUACCUGCUGGCCCUCAGCAAGCUGCCCAGCCUGGGCCCCUACCUCCUGCCUGAGGAGCAUCCCUCGGCCCCUGAGUUCUACGACCCCAGUGACUACUUGGGCGGCCUGCCACAUGACCUGGAGAGAGAGGAGUUGGAGCUGGAGGAGGUGGACCUGUUCCGGCUCAACAGCCAGGACAAACUGGGCCUCACGGUGUGCUACCGCACGGACGACGAGGACGACCUGGGCAUCUAUGUCAGUGAGAUCGAUCCGAAUAGCAUCGCGGCCAAGGACGGCCGCAUCCGUGAGGGGGACCGUAUCAUCCAGAUUAACGGGCUGGAGGUGCAGGACCGUGAGGAGGCCGUGGCUCUGCUCACCAGUGAGAACAGAAAUUUCUCCCUCCUGAUUGCGAGGCCAGAACUGCAGCUGGAUGAAGGCUGGCUGGACGAUGACAGGAAUGACUUCCUGGACGCGCUGCAGCUGGAGGAACUGGAGGAGCAGCACCAACAAGCCAUGCAGUUCACGGCCAGCCCGCUGUCCCAGAAGAGGCAGGAGGAAGACGGGGGCACCACGGACACGGCCACCAUCCUGUCCACGCAGCACGAGAAGGACAGCGGUGUGGGGCGCACGGACGAGAGCACCCGCAACGACGAGAGCUCGGAGCCCGAGCCCGCGGGCGGGGACGCGCUGGGCAGCGGCGACCUGGGCCCCGGGGCCGAGGCCUUGGCCGACGGCGCGGACGCCGAGGACCUGGGUAUCCCGGCCGCCGAGUGCGAGCGCUUCCGCCAGCUGCUGCAGCUCAAGUGCGGGGGCGCCCUGUGCGAGACGGCGGGGGACGCGGGCCGCAGCGACGCGGAGAGCGUGGACCGCGAGCUGGAGCUGCUCAACGCCGAGCUGCGCAGCAUCGAGCUGGAGUGCCUGAGCCUGGUGCAGGCGCACCGCGCCCGCGACGCCUGGACGCCCCCCGGCGGGGGCCCCGCACCGCGGCCCGCGCUGGCCGACAUCUGCGAGCUCCCGGAGCGGGGCGACAAGGACAGCUCGAGCGCCUACAAUUCGGGGGACAGCUGCCGCAGCACCCCGCAGGCGCGCGAGACCUCCCCGGACGGCUCGCUGCGCCGGCCCCAGCCCCAGCCCCAGCCCCGCGGCGCGCAGGCCCCGUCGGCCGCCCCGGCGCCCAGAGCCCCGCGCCCCGCCAGCCCCCCGGCCCCGCGGCGCGCGCAUAUCCCGGCGCAUGCGCAGCGCUACCGCAGCUACAUGCAGCUGGUGCAGCAGACGGCGGCCGUGGAGUACGCGCAGAGCCAGCUCAGCCUGGCCGGGGACGCGCACGGCCCGCUCGGGGGCGCGCGCGGCGACUGGAAGGUCAAGGUGCGCAGCGACGGUUCGCGCUACAUCACCAAGAGGCCCGUGCGCGACCGACUGCUGCGGGAACGCGCGCUGCGCAUCCGCGAGGAGCGGGGCGGGCUGACCACGGACGACGACGCGGCCAGCGAGCUCAAGCUGGGCCGCUACUGGAGCAAGGAGGAGCGGCGGCAGCACCUGGCGCGCGCUCGUGAGGCCCGGCGGCGGCGCGAGCAGCUGCAGCAGAGCCGCCUGGACGGACAGCGCGCACAGGACGGGCGCGGCGAGGCCAGCAUUCUGGAGCUCAGCCACAAGAAGAUGAUGCGGCGCCGCAACAAGAAGAUCUUCGACAACUGGAUGACCAUCCAGGAGCUGCUGGCUCACGGCACCAAGUCCCCCGACGGCGCCAGGGUGUCCAACGCCUUCCUGUCGGUGACCACAGUGUAGCCUGGGGGUGGAGGGAAGCUGCCGGUCAUUGUGGGGCCUAGGGUGCAGGGACUGGACCAGCAGCUGGG